GAAUAACGAUACAACUCAUCAAAAAAAAGAAAAAGGAAAAUAAAUAAAAUAACAGAGAGAAAUCGAAGAUGAAUGCCAUGAAGUUUGUUGUCCUUUUGAUCUUUGUUGGAGUUGUGUGUGCCAAUGUUGGCGCAAGGAAGGUCGAAGAAGUGUCCAAAGAGACGAAGUUAGGCAUCUCUAUUCCCAACACUGUCACUACCAACGGCAUUGGAGCUGAGCUUGGCAGAGUUUAUGCUGUAACUGGUGCCGAUAAUUAUGAAAAUGCCAAUGCUCGUGCUGCUGCAGGUCCCGACGGUCCCAGCACAGAGACAUCUUCAACUGUCUAUAAAAGUACUAAUGGAUAUGUCGAUGCAGAAGGUCCCAACGCCAGUACUAAUACUUACAGUACCGCUUACGGUGCCACCGUGGCUAAUGCUGCAGCGGGUCCCAACGGUGCUGGGAGCAAUGGAGAGGCUUCCGGAAAUGCAUACAGCAGUGCUUCUGGCUCCACCACCAACUCCACCACCGAAACUUGAGCGAUUGGUGAUCAUGCUCAAGUCUCCGCGUAUAUUAAAAAUACUAUACAAACCCAACACAAUCUCUUUUGUAUUCAUAAAUAAAACUAGAGAUUGUCACUUUUAUUAAUUAUGACAUAAUGUACAUGCUCUCUACGUGUAAUGUCUAUUGUAUAUGACAUAAAUACAGUAAUUACGAACUA